UGUCAUUAAACCAUUCAUAAUUGAGUGUUUUAGAACAUAAAGAUUUAAAGAUAGAAGAUCACGUGCUUGAGGUGCAUGCACUAGAUUAGAUUAGAAGACUAAGUAACUAACAACUUCAUAUUGAAAACCUACCCCCUUCAACCCUUCUAAAUACAGAUUCGUACCCAUUUGUGUGAGAAACAAGGCAAGAGAAACAAACAUGGACAAGAACCAAAUGGUGUUAGUUUCUCUUCUCAUCUUUCUCCACCAUAUUACAAAAGCAACAAUUGCAUCAGAGACAUCUCCCCCUACAUCUUCCAAACACUUUGUACUAGUCCACGGGUCGUGCCACGGUGCAUGGUCUUGGUACAAGCUUGUGCCACUGCUAAGAUCAUCAGGCCACAGAGUCACAGCUCUUGACUUAGCUGCUUCUGGGAUCAACCCAGAGCUUGUUGAUGAUAUCCCAUCAGUUUCUGAUUACUUCAAGCCAUUGCAGGACUUCAUGGCUUCUCUUCCUCGACACGAAAGGGUGGUCCUUGUCGGUCAUAGCUUUGGUGGGUUGGCUGUUUGUCAGGCCAUGGAAAAUUUUCCUGAGAAAAUUUCUGUGGCUGUGUUUGUCACUGCCAUGAUGCCUGGCCCAAGUCUCAACAUCUCCACCCUGUUUCAAGAGUCAUUCAGGAGACAAGAAUCUGUGUUAGACAGCCAUUACACAUAUGAUAACGGGCCUAACAACCCUGCAACAACUUUCAUUUUCGGACCUCUCUAUUUAGCAGCAAAAGUGUAUCAGCUCAGCCCAAUUGAGGACGUGGCUCUGGCAACGACUUUGUUGAGACCACUGCGGUUGUACAGCCUAGAGAACAUGUCGAGGGAGCUAGUGUUAUCGAGCAAGAAAUAUGGCUCGGUUAGGCGAGUUUUUGUUAUUUCUGAGAAAGACAAGGUGGGGAAGAAGGAAUUUCAAAAGUGGUUGGUCGAAAAAAAUCCACCAGACGAAGUCGAAGAGAUCAAAGGAUCAGAUCAUAUGAUUAUGAUGUCAAAACCAGUUGAGCUUUGUGUUGUUCUCCUGGGUAUUGCUGGGAAGUAUUCUUGAUCACAAAUUGGCAUCAGAGGAUAAAAAAAUAAAUUGUGAAAAUGCAUUGGUAUGUUGUCUGUGACAUUGCAGGGUGUUUGUAAUAAACAUUUCAGCCUUAAAUCUUUGUCAAUGAAUCAAGAAAGCCUCUGAAAAUAGUGUCACUUCC